UUGACAAAUAUUAUCACUUUAAUACGAAAAGAAUAUCCAAAUAAGCACCAGAGCAAAACUUGUAAGCACGCUCACUAAUACACUUGCACGUCAAAACUAAUCUUACUCCUUAAUCCAACGGCUACAAAUCCGUUGACUACGAUGACUAUCGUAGAUGCACUGUACAUUAUCACCACACCAAAUCAUUCCCACCUCUCAGUUUAAAAACCCAACUUAAACAUUUAAACCUCUCAAACAGUUUCAAAACAAGAACCAUGGAAACGGCGUCGUUUAAUCCUUCGUCUUUUCUGGCUACUUUCCCGUCGUUUCUCCUCCUCUUCCUCGCCGUAUACACCAUCGGCUAUUUCCUAGUUUUCCGUACAUGGAAACAAUCAUCACAUUUAGGCGCUAGCUGCUUAAUGUCACUCUUCCACGGCACUCCCGCCGUUAUAAUGGCUUCCCACGCGCUGCUCACAACUCCACGCGCCGACGUACACUCAUUCGCUUCUCCCAAUACCGCCGUGGAAUCAAACGUACUCGACUUCAGCAUGGCUUAUUUCACCGUUGAUCUUCUCCAUUACUUAAUCUUCCUCCCUAACGACUUCAUCUUCAUCCUCCACCACAUUGCGACCCUAUACGUUUUCGCCACGUGUAGAUUCGCCGUCGGUCACGGAGCUCACGGGCUUCUCCUCCUCUUGAUACUCGCGGAGGCGACGAGCGCGUGUCAGAACGUCUGGACGAUCACCGGGUAUAGAAAAAACGACGUCGCGUUAGCGAGGAGAGUGAGAGAGCUUUUGUCUCCGCCGUUUUAUCUUUUUUAUACUGUGGUUCGUGGAUUGGCUGGUCCGGUGGUUUUGUAUGAUAUGGCGACGUUUUACGGUAGCGGUGCGGCGGAUGGAGUGGUUCCACGGUGGGCUUGGUUAUCGUGGCUUGUUGUGAUUGGGUUUGCUAUUUUGGUUAGUAUUUUGUGGGUUUUACGUAAUUGGCUUGAUUGGUUUAGGGAGAAUAACUCUAGCAAGAAAUACAAGUGAAUUGUUUAAUUGAUAGAUUCUUAGCAAAUUUCAUAUAAAUUUAUUUGAUUUGUAUUUGUGUAAUGCAAUAUUAACAGAAUUGUACUUUUAUGUGAAUCUAAAUCUUAUUGUCAUUUGCAUUGUAAAUAUUUCUUAAUUGUUUGUAAAAUUAAUCUUAUGU